UGGCGCAGUUGCUCUUCUACCUUCGCUCUCCGCCAUUUUGAGAGAGUCUGUGCUGGGGCCUCGCCUGCCUCUCUAGGUAGUUUGAGUCCAGGCAGGGGCAAACUUUGGCUCUCCAGGUGUUUUGGACUGCAACUCUCACAAUUCCUAACAGCCGGUAGGCUGUUAGGAAUUGUGAGAGUUGCAGUCCAAAACACCUGGAGGGCCGAAGUUUGCCUCUGCCUGGUUUAUUCCUUCAAAACGACAUCCAAAAUACUUCUGUUUGCAGCUUCAAAUAGAGGGGAUAAAUAAGGAAUGGUCAUGGCAUGAGUGUUUCAUGACAUGAAUUGACUUUAAAAAUGCUGUUUUUGCCACUUAAUUUCCCUUUGCAGUUUCAAAUAGUAGGUAUAAAUAAGGAUGGUCGUGACUUUCAUGACAUGAAUUGACUUUAAAAUGCUGUUUUCCUACUUAAUUUCUUCUUGCAUUUUAAAAUGGGGAUAAAUAAGGACGGUCAUUGCAUGAGUGUUUCAUGACAUGAACUGACCUUCAAAUGCUGUUUUCCUAUUAAGGGCCCUUCCACACAGCCCUACAUCCCAGAAUAUCAAAGCAGACAAUCCAACAAUAUUUGCUUUGAACUGGAUUAUCCGAGUCCACACUGCCAUAUAUUCCAGUUCAAAGCAGAUAAUGUGGGAUUUUCUGCCUUGAUAUUCCUGGGAUAUAGGGCUGUGUGGAAGGGCCCUAAAUUUCCUUCAAAUAGUGUGGAUUAAAUGAGGAUGGCCAUGGCAUGAGUAUGGAUGGGCUUUAAAUGCUGUGCCUCCAGUUGCAGGCCCCUUCCACACAGCUGAAUAAAAUCCCACAUUAUCUGCUUUGAACUGCUGGAGUAUGUGGCAGUGUGGACUCAGAUAACCCAGUUCAAAGCAGAUAUUGUGGAGUUUUCUGCCUUGAUAUUCUGGGAAUAUAGGGCUGUGUGGAAGGGCCCUCAGUGCCUUUUGUAGCCUUAAAUAUUGGGAUUAAAUAAAGAGAACCAGGACAGGAGUGUUUUUAUGCUGUAAAUUGGUUGAACCCAUUGCCACCUGAGCUACUCCUUACAAUUGGUUUCCAAAUUGGAGAGAAAGGCGAAGCCCUCUAAAGAGAGAAAUCUGUGUCUAUCAGUCCUCAAGGUGAUUUUAGAAGGUUUGAAGUGUUCUGUUGGAAGUCUUUACAUUGAACUAUUAACUGCUAAAAAUCUUAAGCAAGAUGUUAGUUUUUUAAGUGUAAUAUAAAUUCAUCUGGCUAUACAGUAAAAAGGGGAUAAAUAUGUUUUCCUGAAAUUUAAGCAUUAUUAAAUUUUCUUGUGUCAAGAUGUUUCCCAGAGUCCGAAACGGUGACACUUGUGAAUAGCAACCAUUCUAUUAGUAUCAACCAUUCAAAGUAUCAACUUAGAUACUUUGACACACCAAAAUGGUACUUUUCUAGGGACAUAGUAUUCUAGGCCCUAGGCUGCAAUUGUUUUAUCUCAAAUAAUGCCAUUAUUCUUAAUUUUCCUUCUUUUGCAGCAUUAUGCAUACAAAUUGUGUGUAUUUGUGGCCUCAGAGUUACCUUUCGAUAUUGGCAGCCCUAUGAACUUAGGGUUUUCUUGGGCAAGGAGUACUCCUCCUCUUGGAGGCUCCUUCUUUGGAGGCUUUUAAGCAGAGGCUGGAUGGCCAUCUGUCGGGGGUGCUUUGAAUGCGAUUUCCUGCCCAUGAGGUCUCUUCCAACUCCACUAUUCUAUGAUUCUAUGAAAUUUUGCCAGUUUCUUCUUUUGAAAUAAAGCCUCCAGUACCUUGCGUUCAUUGAUGGUCUCCCAUCCAAAUCUCAUCAGAGCAGGCCUGGUUAAUCUUCAAGUAUCGUGGAGUAUAUUUAAGCUAAGGUACACAGGCAAUGCUAAACUUAAAAUACUGCACAGUACAGUGAAUCAAAAUGGCUGACUUCAUUAGAUUUGCUGUGAGAACAGGAAGCAGAUUAAUCUUUCAGUGGCUUCAUCGGUGGUCAGUACUUUCCAAGUUUUCUAACUGGCAUUUGUGUAGACAAAAUUGUGCUACCAUGUAAAGAAAUGUUUUCGGUGGGUAAAUUUUGUUUAGACAGGCCCAGUUUUACAUAAUAUGUAUAUGUUUCCAAGGACUGGCAAUAACAUAUUUAGGAAUAAGUUUAUUUUGAAGGACGGACUGAUUUCAGACAGAUUUAUCUCUAUAAGUUUCAACAUUUUUAUCAAGGGGUGAAACCAAUUUGAUAGAGAAACAGGAGGCAGUGAGUCCAUAAUUAUGAUUGUCCUUGUUUAUUCCCACUAUAGUCCCUGAGUUACAAACAUCUGAUUUACAAAUGAUUUAUAGUUAAGAACAGGGGUGAAACAGGAAGUGAGGGAAAUCUCCUAGGAAGGGACAUUGAUUCCUGAAAGAGUGAUCAUGGGGAAAAUGUGUCUCAACUGAAGCUUUAACACCAAUCCUUGUUUCCACAACAAGCCAAAUUUUUCAAAAUCCAAUUACAGAGACAGAAAGUGUGGUAAAAUCUUCUGAACCAGGGUCACAGACAGCAAAACAAAAACCAUGGGUAUUAACCCUUCUCUGCCAUCAGAAGCAUGCAUGCAUCUAUAUUUCAAAAAUGUACUUGUUCAGACUUACAAAUUCAACUUAAGAACACACCUACAGAACCCAUCUUGUCCGUAACUGGGGGAUAGCCUGUAUUUGAAGUUGCAUAAAGAAAUUAAGAUUGGAGGACCCACAUUUAAAAACCAUAGAAAUUAAAAUAAUAUUCUUUUCAAUAAUUGAUCUUAUUCCAUAAAAAUUAACAUGAUUUUUAUUCAGCUGUAAAUCUUAUGCCAUAGAAAUUGAAUGAGAACCCAAGGGCCAACUAAUCCAGUCCCUUGCCAGUAAAGCAGUUCCUGUCCAUCCAACCUUUCCUUAAAAUAACUUCAGUGAAUGAGGGUCCACUAUCAAAUUACUCAGUUUGACUGUCAAAACAUCUCAUACCAUCAGAAAAUUUGUCCUAACAUUUAAUAGGAAUAUCCAUAAAUUAGCUAUUUUCACAUUACUAAGGGUUGAGAUUGGUUUCAUGAAGUUUCUUCUGACAAUAGGGAAAAUCGGACCAUUUCUUAGAUCAGUCACUGGUUAUCCCUCCACUCACUGGCUCAUGAAACAGCUGACUUGGAAAAGUGGGCUCACCAUAUGCUUCAGAUGAGUAUACAUAGGAAGAGGACAUGGGAUGUAGUAGAUCCGUUCUGAAAUACUUAUUGGUAAAAUAGUCUAGCAGCUCUUUGCCAGUUGCUAGUUGAAUUAUAAAGAUUCCUGUGUACUGUACUUGAUUUUGAUUUCUAAUAUGGUGUAGGCUUGAUUGUUAGGGCUGCAGCCUCAAGAGCAAGUUCUUGCAUAUUCAGCCAUAUGUUCAGUCGGAGUAGUCUUUAUAGCAGCGUUUCUAAAACUGCUCUUCCAAGUGUUUCAGCUGCAGCUCCCAGAAAUCACAGCCAGCUGUUAGGAAUUGUGGGAGUUGCAUUCCAAGCAUAUGAGAAACUGCUUAUUACAGACGGUAUAAAUUGGCUCCAUAAUUGGGUUUUCUUUUUCUUGGUGUGUGUGUGUGUGUGUUCAUUCUGUCAUAUCGCUCUGUUCCAAUGUGAAAUAAAAACUUUGAGAUAAAGCAUUGGAUACUGUGUGGUGUCAGAAACUACACAACACCCCAGUGAUUCCAGCUGGAUACUUUCGUUUUUCAAAAAGACAUCGUCAGAAUUCUGCAUAUUGUGAAAAUCAAUUAUUACAAAAUACAAAACAUUCAAAAGAUAAUACAAACGGAUUCUAAAUUCAGAAUAACUCAGAUUGUAGCUUUGACAAACCAUGUAUUUUUGUUAGUGAAAACAAAAAGUUGCCCAAAAGCAGUUUCUUUUGGUUUAACCUGUCAGUGCACAAAUUGUGUGGAGUUUUAAUCUGGCAGAAUUUGAAUUGGGAUAAUUUAUAUUCCUACAUUUCUAUCAUUUUAAUUAUUUCUGCAUUUCUGUUUGAAGUAGUUUAGUAUAAGUAUGAAAGAAUUGCUUUCUAAAAUAAAACAUGACCUACACAAUCUUCUAUUUUUUGCCAUGAUUUUUUUGAUAUUGUUCACCAUGUAGGGCUGUGAUUAUAUUUUCAUAUAAUCACAUCAUGUGGGAUCCAACCCACACCUUAGCACUUAUAAGUACAAUGUGCAUACCAUUUCUUUUUUGUUUUGACCAUGAAAAUGAACUAUGUUAGAGUCUCACUUAUCCAACACUCACUUAUCCAACAUUCUGGAUUAUCCAACGCAUUUUUGUAGCCAAUGUUUUUAAUACAUCGUGAUAUUUUGGUGCUAAAUUACUACAUAGCAUUACUGCGUAUUAAACUACUUUUUUGGUCAAAUUUGUUGUAUAACAUGUUUUGGUGCUUAAUUUGUAAAAUCAUAACCUAAUUUGAUGUUUAAUAGGCUUUUUCUUAAUCACUUCUUAUUUUCCAACAUAUUCGCUUAUCCAACGUUCUGCCGGCCCGUUUACGUUGGAUAAGCGAGAUUCUACUGUAAUUAGAAUUGGGAGAUAAUUGCUUGCACUUGUAAAUAUUGAAAUAUAUUUUAUUUAAUAAAUAGUUUCCAUCUUUUUACUUGGCUUCUAUGUGGGUUGGGAAACUGAAGUAUAUAGCACUGUGCUUGAGUAAUUUAUGGUAGCUCACAUCCAUGCAUACACUAACUCAAGCCACAAUGCACAUAUUCACUUCAACUGAGCAAUCAUUUGUGUUUUUUAGGCAAGUGAUACUCAUUGGUGGUCUGCAGAGUAGUGCUGGUCUGUGAGGUGAUGACUACUAGUCUACCUACAUUCUAGAAAACAAAUAGAACAGUAUGGUACAAAUGUACCAAUUUAUAACACAUUGUGAGGAAAUUUGCUAGUGUUGGAACACUUUUGAGGGAUAUGGAAAAUAAAAAGUUAAAUUUUGCUUUUAGUAUAUCACACUACUGAUCAUUACCUACAUGGGUGUUCAGUCACAUAAAAAAAUCCCUAAAAUGCAUCAAAAAGCUCUCUUUCUUGGCACAUGAGCUUGAGUGCAGAUAAUGCAGGCUGCAUCAGAGAGGUCCAGAUUAGUAUUCUCAUCUAACCUGCCCUACACAUAUACAAGGAAUAUCAGCUUGUGUUUAUUGCCAAGGGAAGAUUUGUUUAGAACAGUGGUUCCCAACCUUUAAGCCUCCAGGUGUUUUGGUCUUCAACUCCCAGAAAUCCCAGCCAGCUUACCAGUUGUUAGGAAGUGUGGGAGCUGAAGUCCAAAACACCUGGAGGUCCAAAGGUUUGGAACCACUGGUUUAGAAUCAUAGAGCUGGAAAAGAAUACAAGGGCCAUUCAGUCCAACCUCCUGCUAUGCAGAAACACAGUAUCAAAGCACCCUUACAGAUGACUAACACCUCCAGAGAGGAAAAUUCCAUCACACUCUGAAGCCGGAUAUUCCACCGCCAAAUAGCUGCCAGGAAGUACUUCAUAAUGUUUAGGUGGAAUCUUUUUUUAUGAAAUUUAAAUCCACUCCUCAGUAUCCUAGUUUGAGGAACCAUACGUUGUGUGGGAAGUCUACAUACUUUCACUGUACAUACUUUGAUUCCUAGCCUCAUGCUGGUAUGUCAUUGCCUGCGUGUGUGCAUUGAUGAAAAAUAGUACUGAUCCAUUGUCUUAGUAGGAUGAAGUGCUUCACAUCAGCACUGAUGGUUUGUAUCUUUAUACAGGUCAUAAUCCAACCAUAUGAAUAAUACUUGCAUUGGUUUUUCCAUAAUGAAGUAAAGACAAAUAGGGCUAAAAUUGUUUUAUAACAUUUCAUAAGAUGAAUAAAUCUUUACAACAUUAAUGGAUACUGACCAACAUCAAGUUUAUAAUUUUUGCAUUGAUUUUUCUUUAGAUCUGCUUCAAAUAAAAAGGUCAAAUAUGACUUCUUGAUUUGAAGCGGAUCCAAAGAAAAAUGCUGUGUCUUUUUUAGCUGUUUCAAAUCCAUUUUGUGAACGUGUAUCUUACUGUGGCCUGCGGAAGGAGAGUGAAGACAAUAACACAAGGAAACACCAUGUGGUUUGCAUUGAAAAACCAUACAGGAUGUAGGAAUGCCAGAAAUUUCAUAUAAUCAUUAAAAGUUGUUACCUGGCCUCUCCCUAUGGCUCAAGGCGGGGUACCACAUGGUUAAAACAGUCAAAUACAACACCAUUAAAAGGCAUAUAUUAAAAUACAACGAAGACUGACACCAAUACCAAUAAAAUGUAGGAUAAAAAUCAGUUUAAAAUUGACUGGGUAGAUCUGUUGGACUGGGUAGGCUAUUGGAAGAGUUAGGUAUUCAGUUGUUUCUUCAAUUCUGACAGCUGACAGAAAUGCAGUUGGAGAGAACAAGCACUGGAUGGCAAAGUGUGGAAACUAUUAAAUGAUACAGACAUUGCAAGUGUGUCGGGAACGAGGGAUGAAAUAAUGGAUUUCAAGAAACAAUGGACAAAGGUGCAACCAGUGAACUCUUCCACUGAAAGAGAAACACAAUUCUUAGAACUAGUGUACCAAAGUAGGGUUACCAUGUUUUUUCCUCCGUAGGUUCAUUUUAAAAGUUGCACAAUAGGAAAACAAAGGCAGUCCCCAGUCAAUGUAGGUUCCCCCCCCCCCCCCCCCCCAAAAAAAAACUAUACUGGAGAGAGCUACUUUUUAAUUCCGAUACUGUAGUUAUACAACUAAAAAUGUAAGAGCCCUUCUAGAGCAAAGUGUCAUUCCUGUACAAGAUUGAAGAACUGGAGGCCCUAUACAUUUAGCAGGAAUGUGGUGUUGGUAUCUUUUUGUCUGCUUCACUGGCCUUUAAGAUCAAUCUGCCACAAACCUCUUAAGUUAAAAUAUGGUGGGAAAGCUAUUUAUAUUCUUCAUUGUGGACUACUGUUAAAAGCACACACAUGGAGUCAGAAAAAAGAGAUAUUUGACAGAAGUUUAGCCACAGUGCCAGGGAAGUAAAAUGACAUGGUUAAGGUGUAAAGGCCUUUUGUACUGAAAGAAAAAAUUAGGUGUUGCUUUUUUGAUAUUACGGCAAGAAAAAUGCAGGGAAAUCCCUAAUUUGGAGCUAAUCCAAGUUACUUCCAAACAGAGGGCUGUGCUUUUAUGUCUCUUAGUGGAUUUCCUGUGGUAAGAAAAAAGACAAAAGUUAAAGGAAAACCAGUUUUUGGUCAACUUUAGAUUUGGUUUGGUUAUUUGGGAUGCUGAUUUAGAAAAUUGCAUUGGAUAGACCAUAUCCACUCUAGUUUCUGAUACAGAACAUAUGCCAUCCAGUAGUCGCCAUCUGCUCACCCACAGAAAGCCAUAUUUAAUAAUCUAGAGCUGAUGUGGUCUAUCCAAUGCAAUUUUCUGAAUCAGCAGCCCAAAUAAUUCCAGGAGCAGGCCUAAAAACGAAGACAACAAGACUCCCCCCCGACCCCCCCCCCCCCCCUAUGUCUCAGGUACCUAAUGUAAGGCCCACAGGUUGGGAACCACUGAUAAAUACUGUCAGACCGGGACAUCGACUAAAGUCAGAAAUGAAUGAUACAGUUUAUCUUCAUUUUUAAAGCUGGCAUAUGUAUCUAGCAUUAUCCUGUAUGUUUAUAUAAUGUAUAUGACUCAGAUACAUUAUACCAGUAAUGGGCAAACUUUUUUGCCUUGGGACCGCAUUGUGGGGCCGGCCAGGAGGGCUGGGCCAGGAGAGAGGGCACAUGCUGGUUGGGAGGAUGGGGGGGGGGGGCUUGAUUCAUCCUCAGGUUGUCCUCCCAGCAGAAGGAUGGGGCUGCUCGUCCCAUCCUUAUGCUGGGAAGAAGGUGGGACAUGUGGCAACUGCCCUGAUCCUCCUUCCUAUCCUUCUCCCUUGAUCCUCGGCCUGUCCUCUUGGCAAUAUGCUGGGAGAAGGAUGAGACAGGUGGUGGCUGAAUGGGCUCUGGAGCGCUCUCAGCUGUUGUGUGCCUUCCUUGAGCCAUCCUCCUGGCAUAAGGAUCGUGUCGCUCACACCCUCUUUAUGCUGGAAGUAGAAUGAGACACACAAUGGCUGAGAGUGCUCCAGAGGACUUUCAGUUGCUACGUGGCUUCCUCCACCAUAUUUGGCGGGCCACUGUGUCCUUAUGCCAAGAUGACAGGGAAAAUGAGGAGGGCCUGAGGUAAGCGCCCAGAGGGCCGCAUCUGGCCCCGGGGCCUUAGUUUGCCCAUGCCUGCAUUAUACAGUUCACCUUCAUGAAUUAGAAGAAAAUUUCAGAACACAGGUUCAAGUGUUGCGCAGAUAAAAGGAAGUGCCAAAGAUUCCCUGUGCCCAGAUAUAAUGGUUACAUGAUACUAAUAUGUUGGGGCAAAGUCACCACUUUGGUUCCAUUUCUCAGUGGCAGUGCGUCUGAGUAUAGUACUUCACUGCUGAAGACACUGACAAUGUGAGGAGAAAGGAUGGCCCAUUUUGCUCCAGGAGUUCCCUACAUUAGGUUUAUUGUGGUACUAUAUAGCGUAUGUAUGCAAAGGAAUUUUCUUGCAUCUUAGGGCCUUUCCACAUGGCCAUAUAACCCAGAAUAGCAAGGUUGAAAACCCCACAAUAUCUGCUUUGAACUGGAUUAUCUGAGUUAUAUGUCACACUGCCAUAUAUCCCAUUUCAAAGCAGAUAAUGUGGGAUUUUAUUCAGCUGUGUGGAAGGGGCCUUAGAGACUUUAUAAGGGAUAAUCUAACAAUUUAGGGCCCUUCCAGACAGGUCCUAUAUCCCAGGAUCUGAUCCCAGGUUUUCUGUUUAUCCCAGAUUAUCUGUCAGUGGGGACUCAUAUAAUCCAGUUUAGAGCAGGAAACUUGGGAUCAGAUCCUGGGAUAUAAGGCCUGUCUGAAAGGGCCCUCUAAGACUAUGUCAGGGAUCUUCUAGCAUCUUAGAGACUAACUUAAGAGAAUGAAGUCACCAGCAUAAGUUUUUAUGAACUAAAGCCCCUUCCACACAGCUGAAUAAAACCUACAUUGAACUGGAUUAUAUGGCAGUGUGGACUCAUAAUCCAGUUCAAAGCAGAUAUUGUGGAUUAUCUGUCUUGAUAUUCUGGGUUAUAUGGCUGUGUGGAAGGGCCCUAAGCCUACAUCCUCAGAUGGACAUGGAACAAAUGGAAUAUAUAGUGGAAGGUGAGGCAGGAGAUAUGAAUACAAUUCGGUGAAUCUUGUAUGACUUUGCUUCAAUUGUAUUACUGAAUUUUCACACUCAUAAAUUGCUAUGCACAGCAUAACGUUGUUGUACCUUGAAUCCAACCUCUUUGUGAUGAGAUGUUUUAGAGGUUCCAGAUCACUGCUCCACAUCUAGGAUAAACCAUGGUCACUACGAUUUCCUGCAGACAAAGUUUGCCCAUUCCAUUUCCAUCACAGUGUGUCUUUCUGCUACAGAUUUAGCUUUGGGUCUUCUCCCUUACUAAUUCCUUGCGGGCGGGUUGAGAGACAAUCUCACUUUAUUUUUGGCUCCUGUUAUUUUUGCCUUCUUGGGCUUUCCAGUUUCUGACAAAGCCCAUUAACGCAAUGUUGCUAGCAAUAAUACAUUGUCAGAUUGGUUGGAGGUGUUGUGUGUUAUCUGCACUAAUAACUCUUUAAGGAAACGUUGGAGUGAAAAGGUAUAAACCAUAUAUUAUAUAACCUUGUGUAUAAGUUGACCUCAUGUAUAAAUUGAGACAGUUUUUGGGGUCAAAUUAUGGAUUUUGCUACAACCCAUGGAUAAAUUGAGGGUUAUUCCACAUUGCAUUGGUGGGACCAGCCACUCUUAGAUGUGUCUGCCAUUGACAUUCAAAAACACCAGAUGUGGUGCCAUGUUGGAGGGAAUAGUCCCCACCUUUUGCAGUUCUUUCUACUCAUUUAAGACAAUGCUUCCUUUCUGACAAGAAAUAUGGUACAGUAUUUACAUUGACACAUGAAUAAGUUGACCAGUUUUUUUGGGUUGACUUUUUAACUAAAAUUUCUAGACUUAAAUGUGAACAUAUAGGGUAGUUAGAAAAGAUCCUGAAUCUCUUUGCAGUCAGAAGAAUUGUAAAUGAUAGUAAAGGACUCUAGGGUCAUUUAUUUUAAACUAAUCCCAAUCCAUUACAAUCUGUUCUUUUCACUACUUUUACUAGUUGUCUCAAAUGUAGUUUGUAUUGUUAGUACAUAUAACCUGAGAGUUGCUAAAUUAUGUAAUUUAUUAAGUAAAAGUAAAAUCAUGACGAGUAACCACUAGCGUAGCAUACAUACUUAGAGUGUGAACUGAAAUAUAUUCAAGGGUAACCUCUGGCAAACCUUGAUCUGUUAACUACAGAUACCUGACUAUAGGCGGAUAAUAAUAUUGGGCUAGCAAACAGAGUCGUAAGAAUUUUUCCAAUACUAAACAUACACUUUAAAUAGUAUUAAUAUAUUACUGCCUUUAUUCCACAGGCUUCAUCCUAAGCAUAUUUUUUCAGAAAUAAGACUUAAUGAAUUAAAAAUGUCUUUAUUUGCUGAGUAGUAUUCUUAGAAUAUAAAGCCUUCAUAGUUCUUGGUAAAUUUACUCAUCAUAAAUAAACAUGCUCCAUAUACUUAUUUAUUAUACAAAGCAAUCUCUCUUUUUGUCUUUUUCUGGAAGGAAAUAUAUUUGUUUUAUGACACAACAUGAGUGUCUGUUUUUUCUUUAGUUGUCAUGGAUGAUGAUGAUGAUGAGUCCUGUCUCUUUGAUCUUAUUGGAGACCCACAGGCACUGAAUUAUUUCCUCCAUGGAGCAGGCAGCAAAUCUAACAACGAAGACUUGACUAAUGCAGGAUACUCUGCAGCCAAUUCAAAUUCCAUUUUCGCCAAUGCCAGUAGUUCUGAGUCUAAGUCAUCAAUCAAAGGUGUGGGUGGUCAGCUUGGAGAGGGACCUAGUGAUGGACUACAGUUGCCAAGUAGCCUUCAGUUUCUUGACGAUGAACUUGAAUCUUCUCCAUUGCCUGAUCUCAAUGAAGAUCAGCCAUUUGAUAUCCUCCAGAAAUCUCUACAGGAAGCUAAUAUUACAGAACAGACUUUGGCAGAAGAGGCGUAUCUGGAUGCCAACAUAGGCUCCAACCAACAGUUUGCACAAACUCAACUUCAUCCUUCCUCAUCAGCAUCUUUUACUCAGGCUUCUAAUGUUUCUAAUUACUCAGGUCAGACGCUGCAACCUAUAGGAGUUACUCAAGUGGUUCAGCAACCCGUUGGAACAUCGUUCACAAGCAAUACAGUUGGUGUGCACCAUGGCUUUAUGCAACAUGUGGGGAUCAGCGUUCCCAGCCAGCAUUUGUCAAAUAGUAAUCAAAUUGGUGGUUCUGGACAGAUACAGCUAAUUGGUUCAUUCAGUAACCAACCUUCCAUGAUGACCAUCAAUAAUCUUGAAGGAUCGCAUAUAAUAUUGAAAGGAAGUGGACAGCAAGCACCGGCAAACAUGAGUAGUGGACUGUUGGUUCACAGACAAACUCCUAAUGGUAACACACUGUUUGGCAACUCAAAUUCAAGUCCAGUAGCACAACCUGUAACUGUUCCAUUUAACAGUUCGAAUUUUCAGACAUCCUUACCUGUGCAUAACAUCAUCAUACAGAGGGGCCUUGCUCCAAAUUCUAAUAAGGGCCCCAUCAAUAUUCAACCAAAGCCUAUUCAGAUGGGUCAGCAAGCCACUUACAAUGUGAAUAGCUUGGGAAUUCAGCAGCAUCAUGUGCAACAAGGGAUUCCUUUUGCUUCAUCAAACUCGCCUCAGAAUUCUGUUGUUGGUCCACAUAUGUCUGUUAAUAUUGUUAGUCAACAAAACGCCAGAAAACCAGUUGCCCCCCAAGCAGUAAGCAAUGCCAGUGGUAGUAUUGUUAUCCAUUCUCCAAUGGGACAGUCUCAUACACCUCAGAAUCAAUUUCUUAUACCCACAGGUCUGUCAGUAAACCCUAAUUCAGUUCACCACGUCCAGACGAUAAAUGGGCAGCUUCUUCAAAAUCAGCCUUCCCAGCUUGUUUCUAGUCAAGUAUCCUCUGAUCAUGUUAUGCUAAACAGGAACUCUGCAAACAUGCUUAGAACUAACCAGUCGUAUUCCGGACAGAUGUUGAAUAAUCAGAAUGCUGUCCAGCUAGUUUCUGGUCAGACGUUUUCAGCUCCUGGAAGCCAAGUUAUAGUAAACCAUGGGAGUUCUCAAAUUGUUAGCGGCCAGGUUCCACUACAACAGGCAUCUCCUGCUGUGUUGCAUUUGUCCCCUAGCCAAGGAAAUAUUUCCCAAAGUAGAACAAGCUUUUCCACCAUGUCUCCCGGACAGUCAUCCAGUUCAAAUAUGUCAUCCAACAGCCGGUUCACUGCUGUGAGUUCUUCUGCCGUCGUACACCCCAGCAUUGGGCCCUCAGCCCAGUCUGUUGCUUCAGGAGGAAGUUUUGCUGGCGAUCAACUUACACAGCAAAAUAGAAUGCAGUUGGCAGUCAGCGUAUCGCAUCGUCUUCCAGUUUCUUCUUCCAAGCCUGUCAAUACUUUUAGUCACACAUCAGUGACCCAAUCACAGUUCUCCUUUGUCCAGGCUCAAAAAAAAGUUACCAACCUAGCAUCUUCAGGUUCAUCAUUAAAAUCACAGGAUACCUUGAGACAAGCUCAGCUAACAGGUCUUCUAGGACAAGAUUCUGUGGGCAAAACCAUACAGCAGUCUGUAGGUACAGCACUGCCCCACCAGGAAAAAGCAGGAGGAUCAUGUCAACCAAAUGUUCAGGUGGAUGGUCAUAUGAUAGGACAAAAGAGACCUGCUGCUAAACAGCUAACAAAAGGAGCCUUUAUUCUACAGCAGUUGCAGAAGGAUCAGGCACAUGCUGUGACGCCUGACAAAAGUCAGUUCAGAUCUUUAAAUGAUGCAGUCCAGAGGCUCCUCUCAUAUCAUGUGUGCCAGGGAUCUAUGCCAACAGAAGAAGAUUUAAGAAAAGUGGAUAAUGAAUUUGAAUCUGCAGCCACACAGCUUCUGAAAAGGACCCAGGCAAUGUUAAAUAAAUACAGGUGUCUGCUCUUGGAAGAUGCAAUGAGGAUAAACCCUUCUGCAGAGAUGGUCAUGAUUGACAGGAUGUUUAACCAGGAUGAAAGACAAGCUCUGUCCCGGGAUAAACGUCUUGCAAUAGUUGAUCCUGAUGGUUUUCUGACAGACUUUUGUUGUCCUUCCACACAAUUUGAGAAGAUUAUGGAUGAAACACAUCCAAGUGCAAAUGAUCUCCAAUCAAGCAAACUUUUAACUUCCCAGAAACAGACCGAAAUCAGAGACAGGUCAAGUUCAAGCACAGCAGAGUCUUUAAAUCACAGCAAACUUCAUGUAGUGCCUAACAAUAUUGUGAGUCCACAACAAGGAAACAUUUCUAUUAAAAAAAUGGAAAGUCUCACAAAAGCUUUAAAAUUUGAGAAAGCAAGCUGCUCUCCUGAAAGCCAACAUUCGGCUGCUUCUGAACAGAAAAUGACUGGUAAAAACUUUGACAAGGUGAAUGAGAACUCCCUAAGUUCUGAAGAUCAGUCCAAAACCUUAUCAAGUUCAGAACAUGGUACUCAUCAUAAAACAUGUAGGAAUACAGUCAAUACUUGCUCAGAAACUGCAUAUAAUCAUUCCUUCCAAGACAAAAUGCCUCAAAGUUCUCCAAAGAAUGAGGAUUUACUUCCAGACAGCAUGAAAGGCUCUGCAAAACCCCAAAAGGAUUUGCUGCUGAGUAAGGAUUUAGAGAAUAAAUUCAAAAACAUACUGGAACUGAAAAAGACUGGGAGACAGCCACAGAGCGAGGCAGCGGGCAGUGGCUCUUUGGAAUUAGAAUAUCCAAACUUCUCACUUAUUGCUUCACAAGAAAAUUGCUUGGAGAAGUUUAUUCCAGACCACAGUGAAGGUGUUGUAGAAACUGAUUCUCUUUUAGAAGCUGCUGUAAAUAGUAUCUUAGAGUGUUAAUAGUUGCAGUACCAUGGACAUAUUUCUCUUAGAAGCAAAUGUGAAUGACACCACAAGUACAGCCUGACUAUGUCAAAGCGUACCCUUUCUAAAACUACCCCGUUCUGUGUUUGAGAGCAAUGCUCAUUCUGGUUACAGUGAGAGAUUCAGCAGUGUGUAAAUCCGAAGAGAACACUACCUAAUGGGGUCUAUUCUUUGGCUGCAUGUAAACAGCAAAACACGGUCUUAGGUUGAGAGAAUGAGUCUUGACGAGUCACAGAUUUGUACUCCUCUGAGUCUCUUUCACACUACACAAUUAUAGCAUUAUGUUCUGCUUUAACAGAGAUGGCAAUUGUCUGUGAAAUCCUGGGGUUUGUAGUUUAAUGAGGCACUAGAGCCUGAACUGCAAAUUAUAGGAUUCUGAAGGGUGUUGCCAUGGAAGUUAAAGAAAUAUAUAGAAGUACUACAGCUAUGUAGUGUGAAAGAACCUAAGGUGUGGUUACAAUGAAGAGAUCAGAAGCUUCUGCAUUUAUUUUAGAUUUAGCAUGUCACCAGAACCAUACGUUUCACUGAAUCUUAAAUUAUGUUUAGUUGAAACAUACCAGCUUCAUAACAAUGUUAGAUACUGACUUGUUUAAAAUAGGUAUAUAGUUGAGGUUGGCCACAAUUUAUCUAAAUUUGGAUGACACAGUAAGCUCUAGUUAAUCAAGCAAAAGUUGCUGAUCCUUUUUAGUAUGGUUUUUAGCAUUACAUUCGAACUUGCCCUUUACAAUGCAGUUUGUGCUAAAUGUUUUAGUGUUGUAUCUUAAUAAGACUUCAGUUCAUUUGGCCCUAUUUAACAAGGUAAUACACUGACAAUCACAGUCUAGUAACAGGUUUGGAAAUACAUGCCACUAAUGUACAUUUACCAGGGGGAAAAUGCCCUUCACCUACCUGUAACCCUUGAUUUUAAGAUUUGAAAUAUGUACUUGAAACAUCCACAGUAUAGCACCUCUAUUUAGAAGAGAGGUUUAGAAGAGAGAGAGACAAAAAUGAAGGAAUACAAUUGUUACCAGAAUGUUUACAGGGCUUUAUAAUUUUAAGUGGUUUUCUAUUGCUUCGUAGGCAGGAAUGAAUAUGUUACAGAUUAAUUUCGUCAGUUUUAAUCAUAACAUGGUGUGAAAAAUACAUGCCACACUAAGAGUUGGGAAAUUGAGAAGGAAGAGACUAUGUUGACAGCCAUGAAAUUCUGUAUGAACACACAGUUUUCCAUUUUAUGAUUGGAUAAACUAAGUUGUAUCGAUGUUUUUUUUCUAGACCAAGUAUCACAAGCACAUUUAUUUGAAAAUUGUGUUGAUAUAGUAGUAAUUUAUACUUUAGCCUUAAUCUGAACAGUUUCAAAGCCAGUACUGCUUUCUGCCUGUUUCUACUUCUUGCUGUUCAAGAAUGUUAAUCACCUGCGGUGGCAGUCAUAAUUACCAAAAUAGAUACAAACCAAAGUUAACUGAGCCCAUUAAAAUACAUGGCAUGUAAUUCAUAAUUGAGAGCCAAAGGAGCCACCUGUAUGGUUAGCAUUUGGCUAGUGGUCAUGCUGAAUUUUAUUUAUUUAUGUCCUUCAUUUAUGCUGCCAUGCUGUAUUUGUUUUAUUAUAUAAUUCUACUUCUGAGCUGCUAGGUACAUUGGGUUUUGCUUUUAAUAUGAUGGAUGUAACAUGUUUGGCUGCUCAAAAAGAUAUAAGAAUCAGUCGCAAGGUAGUUUCUCUGCUACUCUUUAUAAUUUCUUACAUACGUUUUCAAAAACUUGAAACUUGACUUCAUAAAAAUCUGGAGUGAUAGUAAAUGGAUCCUUGUGUAGACCCAAGUUCAGAAAUAUUUCUUUGCCCAGUACUCAUAAGAAUGGGGAAUUUCCUCUUGCAUUGAAACUGUACAGCUUUGUGCUUUGCAUUUCAAUAAGAAGCUAUGGUUGUCAGUCAGAUUGCCAAGAAAAAAGGGGUUGUUCAGUAUUUUCAUUCCUCCGAUUUGUUUCAAAGUUCUAUGUCCCCCCCCCCCUUAAUUAAAAAAGAACUUUACUACCAUCAUGUUGAGGCAGCAUCAUUAUGGGAUAAUAAGAAUAAUCAAAUUCAAGAGAAUAGCCAUAUCAUUGAUGUUUGAUCCACGCUUACCAGGAAUAAAAAUGUGGAGGUUUUUUUUUUUUGCUUUCAUUGUGACUUUUAAAACAUAUUUCAGUUUUAAAAUCACAUACUAGUAGAACUUUAUACUCCUUGGUGGUUGUCUUUUGAAAUAGUGACUUGGCAUUCUCACUUCGGUUCAUUUUUGUAUGCAGGGCCCUUUACAGGCAGUGCAGCCAUAACUUUUUGUAAAGGAAUUGAACUGUAACCAUAAUGAGAUUUCUGGGCAAGCAGAACGUAUGUUACACCAGUCACACAAAUCAAUUGAACAAAUCAGUUGGAAUUGUGAUAAAUUUGAAGCACCUCUAUGGAUCUGCCUUCUUUUGUUUUUAUCUGGAAGUGUAAAGUUUCCAUCAUCUGUACAGAAUAUUCUUGAGCCUAAAUUCCAAAACAGACCCCAUGCAUUUGGAAUAUUAUGUGAGAGUUUACUUUUUAGGUAAAGUUUAGCCAAGACAUCUGAAAUGCACUUCAUCAAUGUGAAAUGAAUCGUACCUGUAUUUAUCUCAGCAUUUUAUGCUGGGAACCCACUGAACAAAGUUCAGCUAAAUUAACCCGGGGUAGCUAAUGUAUUUUAUUUAUUUAAUUGAACUUGAUUAUAGAGCGCUGAAUAUUUUAAUUGGUAAUGCAGUAAAAUAUUUUUGUUUGUUGUAAAAAGAAGUGUGAAUUUGUUAUGCAGCCCAUGGUCCUGAAGCCAGUGAAGGCCAUUUAUUUGUGCUUAACUGCUUUGUAGGAUUGGUCUCUUGACUUCCUGGAUGUCUUUCCAUAUUGUCUAAGGUGAAAACAAAAUUUUGGCUGGCAACUCUGAAAACUGAUUCAAGAAGGUCAGCCUUAAUUGAUCUGUUAAAUUUGGGAGGCCUUACAGACUGACUUUACUGAAAGAGGAUGUGUCACUUAUUGUCAGUGUGGUAUGGACUUUAUUUGCUUAAAUACCUUCAUUUGUAUAGUACGUCACUUGAAAUUGCUUUGUAUACAUUUUGUAAAAAUAUUUAUAAAAUGUUUUGUAAAAAAAAGUGUAACAAAUUGCAGUUUAUUUUGUUAUGUUGGAUAAAUACUGUUUUAAAGACACACAUUGGUAUAAUAUAUUGUUAACCCAUGGCUAGGAAAUGUUCAGCUAGAGACUACAAAGUGAAGCAACCAUUGCAAUACAGCCAAAGAUUUGGGAAAAAUGUGUUUAUCUGUUAUUGUCUUAAUUUAAACAAGAUAAAUAGUGACAGUUGAUGAUAUAUUUUAUUACAUGUAUAUCCUACCUUACAAUAUGACAAGCAUACUGAGACAAAUAUACUCCUGUGUCCCAUUUAGGCACUAACAUGGUUUGA